AUGAUCGGUAGCAGUUCAGUAGCCGACUUGCAAGCUCUCUUUGUCCGUGCCCAAGAUCUACACACCCUCGCGGGGACCGGCCAGGAAACAGUCACCCAGAUCAAGGCCCAUGUAGCAUCACUAGAGGGCAUUGCUCCAGAAGAUCAAGUCGUGCUCCUGGCAGGCACGCCCCUAGAGGAUGAGGCUACCCUAGGCCAGUAUGGGGUGGAGGUUCUGACCACUCCGGAAGUAGCUGGCCGCAGGCUUGGAGGUAAAGUCCAUGGUUCCCUGGCCUGUGCUGGGAAAGUAAGAGGUCAGACUCCCAAGGUGGCCAAACAGGAGAAGAAGGAGAAAAGGAAGGGGAGGGACAAAUGGAGGAUGCAGUACAACCGGCAUUUUGUCAAUAUUGUGCUCACCUUGGGCAAGAAGAAGAGCCCCAAUGCCAACUCUUAA